AUGACUUUUUCUUCAAAAAUCGAACCAAACCGCACCGCGAACACCUCUACUUUUAGGGGAUCCUCAAAUCCUACUGAUGCAGAUAAUUGGAUCCAGGCUAUGGAACGAGCAUUGCAGGCCCAACAGGUUCCUGAGGAGCAAUGGGUUGAAUUUGGAACUUAUCAGCUGCAAGGGGCACCAGAAGAUUUUGCCGAAUGGAAGUGUAUUAAGUAUGGGGGAGGCCUUCGGAGUGAUAUUCUGAGUUUUGUUGCCCCAGUGGAGAUCAGGGUGUUUUCUGAAUUGGUGAAUAAGAGUAGAGUGGCUGAAGAUUGUGUGAGGAAGGCAGCAGCAGAGAAAGAAAGUUUGAGGAUGCCUUUUCAGAGACCUUCAGGAAGGAACUUUGCUCCGAGAGGUAGGAAUUUUAAGCGUGGAGGCUCUAUUCCACAGCAGACUCAGGGUCAAGGUAAUUACAGAAGGCUGAAUACCAAUGUUAAUCAGGGAAGAAGGUUUGGGAAGCAGCCACAGCAGGAUCUGAAUUGUCAGAAGUGCGAAAAGUAUCAUCCUGGAGUUCCGUGCAGAUUAGGACUUGGAGUAUGCUAUUUCUGUGGACAGCCCGGGCAUAUAGCCAGUAAUUGCCCGGAGAAGAAGAAGUAUGAGACUGGUAGGGUGCAGCAGCCAGGGAGAGUAUACACCACUUCUACCAUAGGUGCUGAAGGAUCUGAGACACUGAUUAGAGGUAAUUGUGAAAUGGUUGGUAAAAUCUUAAAUGCUUUAUUUGAUUCAGGAGCAAGUCAUUCAUUUAUUGCAUUUGAAAAGGCCCAUGAAUUAGGAUUGAGAAUGGUGGUUUUAGGUUAUGAUUUGAAAGUAUAUAAUGCUACAAUGAAGCUAUGGUGA